AUGGCCGUCACCUCACAUGACGGCCGGUCGUGCUCUGGGUCACAAUCGACCCUCUGUGAUUCAGAUCACGGCGGUAUGGUGGCGGAUGACAGGCAAAGUUACAUGGCCACAGAACCGCCAGUGACUCCUUCCCGUCUAGGGGGCCGUAUGACUAUUCGCACAGCAGCGGCACAACACUCGUCCGCUCUAGUAUCGAGCCUACCCGUCGUGAGGAUGGUCACUUCCGACACCAAGAGUACUCUGGACUUGCCACAGCCCCACCGAUGUCUUCUUCCCGUCUGCUUCAUCAGUGAUAAUAGCUCAGCGCUGCGGUAUGACAUGGUUCGUAAUCACGUAACAAUGGGCAAGUUCAAGCAAGAUCCAUCCUGCCAACGCGAUCUGGUAAUGCUGCUAGGUGCUUCUGGUCUCCGGACAGGUUACACGCCUUUGUCCACCAUCUUUGUUGCCAUGCUAUCCGAUUGCCAAAAUCCAUGGCAAUGA